CGGUGAUGUUGCGUUUAAUCCGCGUUGAAUCGUCCGCUUCGACGCAGUCUGUUUAAAGUCGCUGUUGUGUUCAAGGACGGAAAAGCUCAAAUGGCAAAAGCGUCAAACUGUGUCUGCUUGGAAAUAUUUCUCUUCUCUGUAGCCAUUCUUGUGGAGAGCUCCGCCAGCGUUGAAAACUCCAGGAGCAACUUUCUUCGACCACCCAGGAACUCCGAGCCUGUCGUGAUCCCACGCCGACUUUAUCUGAGCAAAGAGCAGCUGAAGUGGCUGCACUUCAAGCCUACGAUCAGCUCCUUGCUGCUAUCAGAGGGCCACGAAGCUAAAAUCAACUGCUCCAUCGACAUCCCCGACACAGGGCUGGAGCACACCAUCAUCUGGAAGAAGGAUGAAGAGGACCUGCCCUUGAGAGUUCACGUCAAUGACCUCAAAACUACCACCGAUGGAGUCACCACUCUCCUCUCCACUGUCAUCAUUAAUCAAGUGCAGAGAGAGGACGCUGGAGUGUACCUCUGCACACUAAGUAUCAACAGUGAGAUGAAAAGGUCACAGCCAAUCACGGUCCAGGUAGAAGGUCUGCCAACAUUCACGCUGCAGCCAGAGGACUUGAACGUUACACGAAACACUUCUUUCUCGCUGUCGUGUCGAGCCGUAGGACCUCCUGAACCCGUGGAAAUCCGCUGGCUUCGGGAUGGACAACCAGACAGUGAACGUUUCAUCUCUCCCAGCAGUUACUCUGUGCCAGGUGUUGACGGGCACACCCGGUUCAGCUGUGAAGCUCACAAUGCAAAGGGUGUCUCAACGUCCAGAGAGGCCCACAUUAACAUUAAAGUUCUUCCCAGUCCGGUGUUUAAUGUUACCGUGGUGGAAAGACAGUCCAACAAGUUGAGGCUGAGCUGGAGACCCAGACAUGACGGCUUCUCUCCACUCACCAAAUGUCAAAUCAAGGUUAAGGAAGUGAGUCGGAGGAAAGGCGAAGUGACGACAACCAGACUCAUCAACAUCACCGUGCCGCCUUUCCAUUGUGAAGUCCCCGGGCUGAAAGCCAUGACGAGGUACAACAUGAGCGUUUCCUGUAGCAACGAGGUGGGGUCCUCCCCGGUCUCCACGUGGGUCCAGAGCAACACCACAGAGGGAGUGCCGUCAAUUUAUCCUCAAAACGUCAGCGUGCAUGUGAACGAGUCGUGGCUGGUGAUCAGGUGGAAGCCUCCACCGGAGGAUAAGAUCAACGGCGUCCUGCGCGGUUACGAGGUUAUCGUGAGGCAUGACACGGACCACAAGACGGUGCACACUAACACCACGGUGGCCUUUGUACCUGUGACAGACUUUAAUAAAACCUACAGCGUGGAGGUGGCUGCGUGCACGGAGGCAGGGAGCGGCAUGCCCAGCCAACCAGUCUGGCUCUUUGUGUCAAGAGACAAAUCAGCGGUGACCCCGACGCCCAGCCCUGAUUCACGGGGUCCAAACCCGGCGAACGUUGUGCUCGGUGUGGUUUUAGUCAUCUGUUUUCUGCUGCUGGUCCUCGUUGCUGCUCUGCGUUUCCGCCACAAGAUGCCCGACUCCUGUUUUGGAUGGAAGUUUGGAGUUGGAGAAACUUCAUAUCCGAUCAUCCAGUACACCAACAGAUCGUACAACCGAACAGCCGUAGCAGUCACACUUGCAAAUCUUGGCAUUAGUGAAGAACUCCAGGCCAAACUUCAGGAUGUGAUGAUCACAAGGACCCUGCUCUCGAUAGGAAAAGUUCUUGGAGAAGGCGAGUUUGGCUCCGUCGUUGAGGGACGUUUAAAACAGCUGGACGGCCCGUCUGAGAAAGUUGCGGUGAAGACGAUGAAAUUGGAUAACUUCUCUCAUCGGGAGAUUGAGGAGUUCCUGAAUGAGGCAGCUUGCAUGAAAGAUUUUGACCAUCCGAACGUCAUCAAACUCCUGGGUGUGUGCCUGGAAGUUAGCGCAGAACAUUUCCCUAAACCCAUGGUCAUCCUCCCGUUCAUGAAGUAUGGAGACCUGCAUAGCUUUCUGCUGCGCUCACGCCUGAGAGAGAGUCCAAUGUUCCUGCCCACUCAGACCCUCCUGAAGUUCAUGGUUGACAUCGCGUUGGGGAUGGAGUAUCUCAGCGGUCGUAACUUUCUGCACCGUGACCUGGCAGCUCGCAACUGCAUGCUGCGCGAUGACAUGACGGUGUGUGUCGCAGACUUUGGCUUAUCUAAGAAGAUCUACAGUGGAGAUUAUUACAGGCAGGGCAGAAUCGCCAAAAUGCCAGUAAAAUGGAUCGCAGUGGAGAGUCUGGCAGAUCGUGUUUUUACAGUAAAGAGUGAUGUCUGGGCGUUUGGUGUCACCAUGUGGGAAAUCGCCACACGAGGCAUGACGCCGUACCCCGGCGUCCAGAACCACGAGAUUUAUGACCAUCUUGUUGAAGGUCACAGACUGAAGCAGCCGCCGGACUGUUUGGAUGAACUGUAUGAGAUUAUGUACAGCUGCUGGAGAGCCGACCCAGUGGACCGACCUUCGUUUCCUGAGCUGCGGGAAAGGUUGGAAAAGCUCACAGAAAAGCUUCCAGAGUCUUCCAGCAGAGAGGACAUCAUUUACAUCAACACCAGCUUUCCCGAGGAGGACGCUGCGGCGCAGCUCGUGUUCGGCUCCUCGCCGUCCUGCAGCCGCCAGGCAGCAGAAAACACCGUCGUCACCGCGGACGUUCACGGGCGCCAGGAGGACGAGGACAACGGGGACAGCGACCGUUAUGUGGUGGUGGUCUCCUCGAGUAACUCGCAGAGAUCUCCUGCUGUGGACACUCCUCUUCUGUCGGGAGAAACUUUAAAUCAGACACAUGAAGACAUGAGGACUGGUGAAACGGCCAUGGAUCACAGUUCAUGUGACACUUUGUUUCUUUUAUAACGCUUCGCUCACGACGGAUCAAAACUCUCAGCACGGUUCACUAACUGGUUUGUCUGGUUGCACUUUAAACACCUCAAUCGCCCACUUUCCAAUUAUUAAUGUUGUUUGUCCUCCGUGUGGCCAGCUUACGUUUCAGGGUCAGGAAUAUUUUGAGACAACACCAGACAUGUUAAAGCACACGUUCCAUAAGCUACAGACGCUCUGAAAUGUGAAAAC